AAAUACUGGAAGUCUCUCCAAUUCUUCCAAAGCACGUCUAAACCCUCAUCCACCCCAUUUUAAUUUGAUAGUAAUUGAACUAUUCAGUUUCAAAAGUUUUCUGAAUUACAACAGAAACACAAGAAUUUGCCAUUGUUGAAAACGUGGAUGGCGAGUGAAAAGUCGGUGCUUGCCGUGAUCAGGGCCGCGAGGCCAACCUUCCGCAAUCGAAACGAUAAAAUCGCCUUUGCCAUUCACUCCUCCUUCCUAGCCUCCGGCUAUGUCCUUACCGCCACGGGUCCCCAGGCUCUCUCCGACAAUGUGUUUUCUGACCCAUCAAAUGAUGAAGUAUCCGUUGAUAACUGGAACGAGCUAAACGAAGAGUACGCGUUCGUUUACGCGAAUCCAGAAAAAGGGUCGGAGAAAGUGCUUGUCAAGUGCCUUGUCAUGAAUGACAAAUUGCUAGUUCAUGUUUUGUCUCAAGGGUCGUCCGAGCCUUUAAGCCUCGAGAUUGAUGUUGGAGACUAUGCCGGAGAGGAUGGGGGCAGCAAUUAUGCUCAGCAGUUCAAGAAUUUGGGUAAGCUUGUGAAGAGAAUCGAUGGGGACAUCUUGUCUAAAUUAGAUGGUUCUGCUAAUGCCAGCUCAUCAAGUAGAAGCUCAGAAACAAGGGACAGAACUAGACAAGAGAUACCUGAGCCUGUUGGUGGAUUUGGUGAACCUGCUGGUCCUCCAACUCAGAUUAUUUUCCCUUCAGUUCCCAUUGGUUCUGGUAGUGAUCUUGUUCCUGGGCCGCCUGCUGGAGUGCUUCCUUCAAGGGGUGGUCAUGGCAUUGGUGGGAGCAUGCAUUUAGGGCCUAAUGACCCCAUGUGGUUUGGUGGUAUUGGUCGAGAUCCUGCUUUUCCUGGAGGAAUGCCGGGUCUUCCUCCGGGCGCGCGUUUUGAUCCAUAUGGUCCUCCUGGUGUUCCUGGUUUUGAACCCAACCGAUUUGCAAGGAAUCCUAGGAGACCAGGAUAUGACGGUCAUCCAGAUCUGCAACAUUUUCGAAGAGACGCUGAUUCAGACUACAUAUAGAUAUAUAUUAUAUUUUAGUUGUCGUAAUAUGGUCGGGUUCUAUCUACGAACAAGUUGUCUAGUCAAUCUACUAAAACAAUUUCAGCAAACACUAUACUCUGGAUUAUUCUUCAUGCGGA